AUCAUUCAUUAAUUUCAAUCAGCAAGAAGAGUGGCUUUAGCGUAGUGUUGCGGUUUCUAAUUUUACAGAAAUAUAUUCAUAAUUUAAGUUUUAUUCAUUAUUGAAUAUUUCUAUUAAGUGGCAUAAGGGCUAUAACAACGAAGAUUAUAAACGGUUUUAAGUUAUUUCAUACACGGCAUGCCUCCGGUAAAGGACGAGUCAAUACGGGAAACAAAUUGCCUGGAAAUUAUAAAUAUUGUGGAGAAAAGUCCCGCAAAAAGUACAUUGGUUGAUGUGAGGGCUUGCAACAAACCUGCCGCCAAGUGUUAGUUACAGUGCGUCAUGUGGGCAGCUGGUUAUGUUAUUUGUGUACACGAUUAGUUAAGAUGCACAGGACUGUCUAGUGUGGAGUGCCUCUAUGUAGUGCAUGCUUUAGCACCUGAACACGGAGACAUCAUGACUAAUUCACAGGUCUGGUUCCGCGGCGUGAGGAGUUCCAAGUUCCGACAUGUGUACGGCGUGCCCUCAAAGCGGGAGCGUUGCUAUGACAACAUCAAGAUCACCAGGAACGCGCAUGACUCCAACUUCUGCGCCGUCAAUCCUAAGUUCGUGGCUAUCGUCACCGAGGUCGCGGGUGGAGGCGCGUUCCUCGUCCUGCCUUUGGAUCAUACCGGACGCCUAGACUUCAACGCGAGCCGCGUCACGGGCCACAAAGGCCCAGUCCUCGACAUCAAGUGGAACCCCUUCAAUGACAACAUCAUCGCGUCGUGUUCCGAUGACUGCACGGUGAAAUUAUGGCACAUCCCCGACGGCGGUCUUUCCAUGCAUCUGACAGAUUGGUUGGUGGAACUCCACGGACACAAGCGCAGAGUAGCGUACAUCGAGUGGCACCCCACCGCCGAAAACAUCUUGCUGAGCGCAGGCUUCGACUACUUGAUCUUCGUCUGGGACGUGGGCAAAGGCGAGGCGGUGAAAGUGAUCGACUGUCACAGCGACGUGAUCUACUGCAUGUCGUUCAACCGCGACGGGUCCCUACUGGCUACCACGUGCAAGGACAAGAAGCUACGAGUCAUUGAACCGAGGAGCGGGAUCGUGCUUUCCGAAGGCCCUUGCCACCUAGGCACCAAAGCGUCCAAGUGCACAUUCCUCGGCAGCUCGGGCAGAGUGCUGACAACAGGGUUCUCUCGCUACAGUGACCGGCAGUACGCCAUCUGGGAUCAGCACAACUUGGAGAAACCUCUGGCCUGUGAGACCAUCGAUAGCUCUUCGGGCGUCGUGUUCCCCUACUACGACCAUGAUACUAAUAUGGUUUACCUUGCGGGCAAGGGUGACGGGAACAUACGAUACUACGAAGUGGUCGACGAGGCUCCGUACGUGCACUUCCUCAACCAGUUUCUGUCUGGCAACCCCCAACGCGGCCUAGGCUUCAUGCCAAAACGCGGCGUGAACACGGCGCUGUGCGAGGUGUUCCGCUUCUACAAGCUGCACACCUCCCGCGGGCUCUGCGAGCCCAUCGCCAUGAUCGUGCCACGCAAGUCCGACUGCUUCCAGGAGGACCUGUACCCGGACACGGCGGCGCCGCUGCCGGCGCUGUCGGCGCGGGACUGGCUGAGCGGCAUGAACGCGCCGCCAACGCUCAUUAGCAUGAAGACUGGAGUAACAAUAUCGACGCACAAGCCGCGCACGAGCAACAAGGACGCGCCGGCGCUGCAGCCGCAGGACGCCAACAACCGCAAGAAGUUCGCCUUCCUCUCCCGGGAAACCACGCCCGACUACCGGCCCCUUGCCACCUGGCAGGAGACCCACGCCAACAUCGACAACGACAUACAGAUGCAGCUGAUAGAGAAGUCCCAGAAAACGAGCGCCAACCAGAACACAAAGUUCCACCAGCUACAGAAGAUGUUCGGCAAGCAGAGCGGCGAGGCCGAGCCCGUGCCGCUCUACAAGCAGAUCAACCAGGGCGACGUGUUCAGCACAGAGAAUGAGCUGCGCCUCGCGUUCAACCGACAAGGCGAGGAGCUGCGCAUCGUGAAGCGUCAGCUCCAGAACAGCCAGCAGCGCGUGCGCGAGCUCGAGCAGACCAUCGCCGCUCUACAGUCGCACAUGCAGCGAGACGCUUCUUAAACACGCGCCCACCGUGCAGCGCACACUGUAAACUUUGGUGACCGAGAGACUUGGUUACACGUAACUAGUGGCGAGGCAGAUAAUGCCAGGAGAUAAUCUUUUUACUUAUGUUUGAUCGCCGAGCACAAAAUAAAUCUCAUAGGUCCUGGACUUCUUCCUAAUAACCGGAAAUGCCAUGAAAACAUACGAGUUCUUAAAAAUGUGACCACGGAAUUGAGGCGAUUGAAACACUAAUUAGUCACAAGAGCGAUAACAUGCUCGCAUUUUUAUCGCUUGUCACCAUUCCUGUCACGUUCUAACAAGUAGGUAAGUGUAAAAGUGACGCAUGACACAACAGGCGAUAAAACACGGCAAUGAAAUUAAUGUAAUGAUAUACCUUUUACUUACUCCUGCCAUUACGCUACGUUACGUGUAACAAGAUAUUACAGUCUGAGCCCCUUUAGGGAGCUGGUUGAAGGAUUAACCUUAUAUGUACAAGGUUUGAGAGUGAUAAUAAUGUGACUUACGUUAGCUUAAACGGAAGUGUUUUUAGCUCGUAGAGAAUGCCAAAUGAAACGAAUGCGACACGUUGCUAAUUUCUACCAGUAGAUAGGAUUUCUCAAACCUUUUUUAACAAAAGAUCUCAUUAGCAACUCUAUAAUCGAUCUAUCAUUCCAUCUGAAGUCUAGUUGUAUUUCUAGUAGGACUAUGUUAGAAAUGAAAAAUGAAUAAGUUUACAAUGUGCGAUGUCUUAAUGUUGUACUUGCUCAUAUAGUGCUGCUAUUAUUUGCUAGUAAGAACAUUUAUUGUCUUAUGACGCCGUGACCUCUCUGAUAGCCGUAAAGACGCUUAGUGUAUGAUGUAAAUUGUCUUGUCAUUUUGUCACAAGUUCUACAAAGUAAAUGCUCAAUGGCCACAGUAGAUAAAUGUAGGUCUAUAUGUGCACUUUUUAUGCUUAAAAUCUUUAAGAUGGCGGCUUCCAAAAAUUUUAACUUGCAUCGAGUACUAGGGGCCAUAAAAUAAAUACCUAAAGGAUGAUUUUUGGACAAGUUGUCCUCCUACCCCAUCCAUGUAAAAUUUUACAAACUUCUCAAUUUGAACAUUACAACGGAAAAAUAUAUGUUUGUGGUGGCAUGGAUGCACAUUCCAAUUGGCCUCUUAAGUAAGCAAUGAUAAUGGAUCAUCCAUUCAUUAAUUGAAAUUUCCAGUUAGCAAAGUUGCCAAAAUAUGUGUUGUAAAUUUUAGAAAUGUUACUUUGUGUAUUGUGUUGCAAGCUUUUUAUUUCGCCAUGACGAAUCUAAUCUUAAAUUAUCACAAAAUGAUGUUUAUAUGUGUAUCUGUUGAUACUGUAUUUCUUUAUUGAUAAUGAUUUACAUUCUUUUAUUAGUGAUUUUAUAGUUUUGAUAAUUAGUUAUUGUGUUUACAAUUAAUGUGCAAUUCAAAUCAGGGUGAAAAAGUUAUGGUUUGUUACGAUCAUAUAAAGGGAGGCACCUUAUUAAGAAGCACAUGAUAAAUUUUAUUCCAAGUGUUACAGUUAAGUUGACAUUUUGUUAGUGAUUGUUUUAAGAGUCUGAUUUUGAUAAUAGUGUUACCUGUUAUUUUAUAAUUACGAUGUGUAUGUGCUUUCUAUGUAGUUUUUGUAACAUUAUACUGUAUUAUUCCAGUUUAAGGCAUUUAACUUCUUUUGUAAGUAUACAAUGAAUUAAAGUCCUAAAUGAAUCUAUUUGAGUGCAAGCAAGUAACCCACAAUUCAGAAUGGUAAAGUUACCAGUGUUUCCUUAUAAAGUUAAUUAAAAAUAAACCUCCUUGUAUUUUUAAGGUGCUAGUAUUUUUCAAAGAUCUUCGGACUAAUGAAACUUCUAACAUGACUAGGAAUUAAAAAGUAUUAUGAUGUAGCGUACUAGCUUAGCAUUGGAUUUAUAAACAAUUUGAUAUAACUUUACUAUUCAAAAGUCCCAAAUUUCUCAAAAAUAACGGUACUAAACAUUUACAUUCCAAUUUCAGUCUUAAAGGCAUAAUUAUUGUAGUAAGAAUAAUGAAAGUAUUAUUGUGCAUUAGCUGGUUUGAUUACUUACUUGGCUAAGUCAGUGUUAAUACCUAUUUAUUAUCAUGUAUUUUUAUAUCAUGCUUGUGUAGCACAAAUUUUCAAAUAAAUGUUUGAACAGUA